AUGCUCUCUUUUCCCUUCCAAGAUGAUUACAGAGCCUGGGACCUUCAGAAAAGCCACCUCUACAAACCAGAACAAGCGUACCACCCCCCGACGGUGAGAUUCGGGAACCCCACCACCUUCCAGGAUGACUACGUGCCCCGGGCCGCCCAGCCCCGGCAGAGCUUCAAACCGGGGGCCGCGGCCCCGCUUUCCACGGCCCCUUUCCACGGCGACACCAGCCACCGCCGGGACUUUGUGCCUUAUGAGCUCGAACCCAAGCCUGCGCGGCCGAAACGCCCCUACAAGCCCAGCUCCCAGCCCUUCCAGGGUCUCACCACGCACCGCUGCGCCUUCCGGGGGCUCCUGGGCUCAGCUGCAAAAGCCUGCAGGGUGCCCCGCCAGGCCCCCCGCGCAGCCCCCAUCCGGCCCGCGUCCCAGCGGAGAAAGAAGUUUCCCUUCCAGGGGAGAAGCACAACCCAGGAGGACUUCCCGGAGUGGGAGGCCUGCCGCCCCCGGGAACCCAUGAGGCCGCAGCAGCAGAUGCCUGGCCCGUCGGGGACGUUCGACGGGGUGAGCACCUUCCAGUCCCACUACGUGCCCCACGAGCUGGUGCCCACAGCCAGCUGCAAGCCUGCCCAGGCCGCGGUGCGGAGCUCCAGUCCCUUCGACGACGUGACCUGGUACUCCACCGAGUUCGCCCCCAAGAAGCGGGAGGUCUGCCCGGCCAGCUACCCCUCCCCGCCGGGGUACAUCUUCGAAACGACCAACUCCCGAGGACACAAGUUCUUCCGCAAGAUUGCACCCGCCUCCUCCUCCGGGUAGGCCUCCUAGCAUGCCCACCUCCUAGCCGAGGAGGAGGCUGACUCGGAGGAUGUGGCGCUGUUUAAAGUCAGAAAAAAAAAAUGCAUGAGAGCUAACACAAAUCCUCGUGAAGUUUUUAAAUCAGGAAAAUUGGAAAAUCGCCCAACAGGCGCGGCUCAGUGGUUGAGCAUCGACCUAUGAACCAGGAGGUCAU